AUGAUACCAUUUCGUGGUGAUCGAUUCGAUCAUUUUAAUAAUGUACAGCCUGUCAAUCGAUAUAUGGUACCUCUUCCUCAACAGCAACAACAAAUAGUACAACCUCCAUCUUUAAUGUAUACUACACAGGUUCAUCAUUUUCAUCAACCAUAUCCUGGCAAUAUGCCAAUACAACAACAAUCCCUUAUGUUUACACCUUCUCGACCACAUCCACAACAAUCUUGGAUACUUUCAUCUGCUCCUUCUCCAUCUGCUACAUCUAUGCCUUCAUUUAAUCCAUCACCUCCAACAACUUUCCAUCAUAUUCAACCAUCAUUACAUCCACCACAACCAUCUUUCAGUGGCGGUAUCAGUAUACCACAACCAUCAUUUAGCGGUGGUGCCGGUAUUACUCACAUAACAUUUAAUGGUGGAACUGGCAUUCCGCAACCAUCAUUCAGUGGUGGUACUAAUGUUUCACAAUCAUUAUUAAGCAGUGGUACUGGUAUUCCACAACCACCAUUUAGUGGUGGUACAGCUGUAUUAAAACGCAAAAGUCACUAUCUUGAAGAAUCUGAUUUUGAUUCACCAACAAAUUCUACUAAUGAGAAUGCAAAAGAGCUUCCAUCCCUAAUGAGUAUUCCAACACAAUCAUUUCCCAGUAAUCAACAACAACAACAACAACAACAACAUCAUUUUCAACUCACAAAUCCAAGAUUUAUCGAAAAUAACGCAACAAAAUUACGACUUUCACUUCCAUCUGUACCACUAGGAUCGUGUAUAUCGACAUCAGGAGAAUUAUUUAAUAAUCAACUUUCUCAUUCUCAUUGGACAAACAGUGAUCGUAAUACAUACCCUAUACCUCCACAAUUGACACAUUCAAAUCAUCAUGAACAACAACAACAACAGCAAGUAUUAACUAGUCAACUUUUUCAAAAACAUCAACUUAUUCCAAUCGAUACACUUCUUAAAGAACCUGGUCGAUUACAACGACCACCACAAAUCAUUGUUUUUCUUCGAGGUUUACCUGGUUCGGGUAAAUCUUAUGUUGCUGAUUUGAUCAAAAAUGAAGAAGAAUUACAAUCAAAAGGUACUAAUAAACCAAAAAUUCUUUCAAUUGACAAUUAUUUUCUUACCGAAAAUCAACGUGAAACAAAAGAUCCUAAAACAGGCAAAAUAACAAAAACAUCUGUUAUGGAAUAUGAGUAUGAUCCAAAAAUGGAAGAAACAUAUCGACGAAGUUUAAUAAAAUUAGUACGAAAAUCGAUUGAUGAUCGUUUCUAUCCAUUUUUAAUUAUUGAUCAAAAUAAUGAACAAUUAAGUCAUUUUCGUGAUAUGGCUGAUUAUGCUGAAGCAAAUCAAUUUCAAGUUUAUUUUGUUGAAUUAAAUAAUGAUAUACAAACAUGUUCACAACGAAAUAUUCAUAAUCGUUCUUUAUCUGAUAUUCAACACAUUCAUAAACGUUGGGAACAAUUACCACUACGUUAUGAAAUUCUUGAUAUUCGUUCAUUACUUCAAUCGGAUGCUAUCGAUGAGGUUGAAAUGGACGAUGCUCCUCCAACAACGACAACUGAACAAAAUGAAAUCGAAGAGGAGGAGAGUCAGAUUACAAAGAAAAGUAAAUGGGAAGCAAUGAUGGAAACAAAUCCCGAUCGUCUCGAUGGUUUGUAUCAACGACGAAGCUCAUCAUCGAAUCAAUCAUCACCACCGAUUGAAAAACGUUUGAAUAAUACAACAAUAAGUAUAGAUGAUCAAUCGAAUGAUUUAUCACCAAAUUGUCAAUCAAAAAAGAAAAAAGUUCGUUGGGCUGAUAUUGAAGAAAAUGUUCUUCAUUUACAUAAAAAAGCUGUUGGCUUUGUUGUUGGUCAAACCGAACAAGAUUGGCAACGUAUGAGUGAUGAAUAUGAUCCAACUCAAAAAUUAAAUCAAUAUAAAUACAUUUAA